UCGUGCCCAUAAAAUAUAAUUUUGUUUGCGUCGCUAAAUUAAUUCUCUACCACCUCAUACAUACCUGAAAAUAUCAUUUCCUGUACAUUUAUCAAAUGCAGUCUUGUAGUUAGCUUUAUUGUUUAAUAUUGGUUUGUUUCAGAAUUUAAAGACACCAUGCUGAGUCCGAAGAUUCAGCGAUCCAUUCGUGUGAACGAUGGACAACUGAUCGCGCUCUCGGAGAGGGCGCAGUACGAUCACUCACAGGCGGGCUACUUGCACAAAAGAAGUUCUGACAACACGAAAUGGCAGUUGCGAUGGUUCAUACUUUAUCAGAACAUGCUGUUUUACUACGAAUCGGAGAACAACACGCGGCCCACGGGAGUGUUGCUUCUGGAAGGUUCUUACUGCGAACGGCUCAGCAAAACACCUAUGGAGAGGAACGCAUCGUUCUGUUUCACGAUAUCGUACCGGCGCGAGAGCCAGCGCCAGUACGAGCUGCGCGCCGCGUCGGAAGUCGACUGCGUGCACUGGGUCGACGCCAUCCGGGAAGCCAGCUUCAACAAGCUUCUUCUGCAGAAAGAGGAGUUAGAGCAGAAGCAGCUGCACCUCCUCCAAGUAGUGGAGAGUGAGAGGACCUCGCGCUGGCAAUAUGCGCAGCAGUGCGACGAACUCAGCAACGAGGUCAAGAAACUGAGGACAGAGCUGUGCUCAUACAAGAAGGAGCACGAGCCGUCCAGCAGGGCCGCGUCCACCUCCAGCUCGUCUCCGACUCACUCGCCAGACAUCGACCCCGCUGAACUGCGCAAGAUCAAGAAAGUACAGAGCUUCUUCCGCGGGUGGCUGUGCAGGCGGCGCUGGAAGCAGAUCGUCGACCAGUACAUCAAGAGCCCGCACGCAGAGAGCAUGAGGAAACGGAACAGCCUCGUGUUCAAGAUGGUAGAAGCGGAGGAGGAGUAUCUUGAGCAAUUGGAGAUUUUGGUGACAUGUUUCCUUCGGCCAUUCAAAAUGGCGGCGAGCUCAAAGAAACCGCCGUGUACGCACGAGGACGUCAACUCUAUAUUCCUGAACAGCGAGACGGUGCUGUUCCUCCACCAGAUCUUCUUCAAGGGUCUCACUUCGAGGAUGGAGUCAUGGCCAACACUGGUGCUCGGUGAUCUGUUCGACAUGCUGCUGCCGAUGCUGACGAUAUACCAGGAGUACGUGCGCAACCACCACUACUCGCUGCAAGUGCUCACCGAGUGCAAACAGAGCCAACCAUUCGCGCAGCUACUGUCUCGACUCGAGAGCAAAUCCGCUUGCCAGGGAAGGUCAUUGGAGACGUUCUUAACGUAUCCUAUGCAUCAGAUCCCCCGCUACAUAAUAACCUUGCACGAGCUGCUAGCGCACACGCCGCACGAUCACGUGGAGCGGCGCAGCCUGCAGCAUGCGCGGGCGCAGCUAGAGGAGCUCUCGAGGCAGAUGCAUGAUGAGGUGAGCGAGACGGAGAACUUGCGGAAGAAUCUGGCGGUGGAGCGGAUGAUCAUCGAGGGCUGCGACAUACUGCUGGAUGUCAACCAGGUGUUCAUACGGCAGGGUACACUAUCGCAAGUCGUAGGCAAAGGUCGUAGAGCCACACUCCAAGCGAGACAGGCGUUUCUCUUCAGCAACCACCUGCUGCUGACCACCAGGGCGACUGGCGGCAGGCUGCAUCUACCACCAUGCGGCAGGCUACCACUGCACGACGCGCUGCUUGUCGAGGAUCCUUCGAACCAUGAUGAUGAUGUGUGCUCGUCGCCCGGCGGAGACAUCUAUCAGGGCAGGGACUUCAAGAUACUCGUCGAAGUCAAAGGGGAGCAGAUCUGCGCACAUUUAGUGGCGGCGACGGUGGAGGAGAAGGCGGCGUGGACGAGCGAGCUGGCGCAGUGCAUGGAGAGCGCGGCGCUGACGGCGCUGCUGCGCGCGUGCGGCUCGUGCGGCGGCGCGUCGGCCAGCCUGCCCGCCUGCCGCUCCGACCGCGCGCUCUUCACCGACGACGUCGACAUCCGCUUCAGCAGGACGCUCAACUCCUGCAAGGUGCCGCAGAUCCGCUCCGCCACGCCGCAGCGGCUGCUGCAGCGGCUCACUGACCUGCGUUUCCUGUCGGUGGACUUCCUGAACACGUUCCUGUUGACGUACCGCGUGUUCACGGACGGCGUGACGGUGCUGGAGGCGCUCAAGCAGGUGUUUUACGAGCAAUCGCAGCAGGAGCUGGAGCUCGCCCCCCCACCUGACGCCACCAGGAAGACCAGCGGCGCUAGCUCCGUCUCUGGCUACGGGUCUGAAUACAGCGACAGGGACUGGCAGUCGCGGUUUUGGAAGGCGUCUAGGAAGAGCGAGGAAGAAGACAAACUGUCGCCGUACCUGAUGGCGCCAUCGCGUCGAACAUCAACCGUUAGCAAGACGGAGGAAGACAACAGUCAUUUGACGAUACCAAAGAUUAUGGCAACAUCGUCUAGCAAUGAGACUUUGAAAGGAACGUCACCAUCAUCUCCGGGCGCUCUGAGCUCAGUGACCCUCGUCGGGAGUCCAAAGAAGGCAAGUCCUGAGGGCGGAACGAAAACGGAACGCAAGUCACCGCCCAAAGAUAACGACGCGGCUGCGGCCAUCAUGAAAGAUGAGAGCAUAGAGAUGGUGGACCAGAGCGACGAGGACAUCAAGUACAAAGAGGAGGAACAGGAGAAAAACAAAUACAAGAUCGAUGAUAAGUUUAAAAUAUCCCAGAGGUUUUCGGAGCGCGUGCGCACGAUGUCGGAAAGUCCCCGUCGUCUGCAGCCAUCGUCGUCAGCGGCGUCGGAGGCGCGGCGCCGCUCGGAGUCCGCGCGCGACUCGGCAGCCUCCGCCGCGGCCGAGGAACAACGCCGGGCCUCCGACUCCGGCACCAGGUUCACGCCGCACAGGUCUGUCAGCGAACGUCGCUACACGAACUCGUCGAUCAACAGCGAGCGGCGGCGGUACUGGGGCGGGUCGGAGCCGCGCUCCUCCGUCACCUCGCAGGUCUCACAGGUAGCGCAGAGCUAUCGUCGUGAAACUAGUCAGCCCAAGGCAGGCGUCGUCAUCACUUCGUUCAGGCAGUCGCACAGGAGUUUCAUAUUUCACAACUUUUGCAUGUCUACACCUUUCUCUUUUCUUCUUUUCUUUGAGUUUUUAGGGUUUACAAUCCUCGUUACAACGGGAGGAUAUUACGAACCAACACACCCAGCCUUUUUGGUGUUUAUAUGGAUUGUGAUGGAGUUGUGUCGGUCUAGGAGCAGUACAUCGACUGCGGCGGUGGCCUUCGCCGUCGCCACCUCAGCAUCAUCCAACCCUCGCUCCCCACCACCGACGUCGCCGCCUCCAGCUAGACGGGAUUCUGUCAUUUCUACUGCUGCUACUAUGAGGGUGCUUAAUGUUUUACGGCACUGGAUAUCUAAACACUCAUACGACUUUUGGUCGGACGAGCGUCUCCGAGGCCUGACGAUGGACUUCCUCAAGGAAAUCGAGGGCAGCCCAGGAUUACUUCCGGCUGAACACAAGGCGGCUGCUCAGCUGCUACGGUUGCUGGAGAGAGCGCCAGACAGGGCGGUGGACUUAAAAGCACUCUUUGUUCCGCCUAAGGUGCCAACCAAAGAAAGCAUCGAGACACUAUCAGCUCUGGAGAUCGCGGAGCAAAUGACGUACUUGGACUAUCAGAUCUUCAGCUCUAUUAACAGCGAAGAGUUCCUGGGCCAGGCGUGGACGAAGGCGGACAAGGCGGAGCGCGCGCCCCACAUCCUGCUGAUGACGUCACACUUCAACCACAUCUCCAACCUCGUCAUCUCUGAAAUACUCAAGAAGUAUACCGUCGCCGGUCGCGUGGCGGCCAUAGAGAAGUGGGCGGCGGUGGCGGACAUCGCGCGCUGCUUGCACAACUUCAACGGCGUGCUGCAGAUCUGCGCCGCGCUCUCCAACACCUCCGUGUACCGGCUCAAGAACACCUGGGAGAAGGUGUCCAAGACCAGCAAGCAGACUAUUGAACGGAUGCAGACCAUCAUAUCUUCCGAAUGUCGAUUCAGGAUCCUGAGGGACGCGCUGCACAGAUGCGACCCGCCGUGCAUCCCCUACUUGGGCAUGUACCUAUCAGACCUCUCGUUCAUCGAAGAAGGAACAUCCAACUACACGCCUGAUGGACUGCUGAACUUCUCUAAGAUGAGAAUGAUUGCCCACGUGAUCCGUGAAAUAAGGAAUUUCCAACAGACGCCGUACAAAAUUGAGCACAUACCGAAGGUGUGCGACUUCCUGCUGGACCGGUCGCUGGUGAUCCAGGAGGAGCGCCAGUACACGCUGUCGCUGGAGCUGGAGCCGCGGGUGUCGCGCGGGUCGGGCGCGGGGCUCGGCGCGGGGCUCGGCGGCGCGCUCGCCUCGCCCGCCUCCUAG